AAAUCACCAACUAUGCCAAGAUCCCAGUCAACUUGGCAACUUCAUUAGCACAGAUAGUCAGACAUUUUAACUGUACAAACUAAUAUGCUUAUCCUGGCCCAUCAUUGCCACACAUCAGCAUGUAACAUGGAAGGAAUUUCUAAUGUUCUAAGAGCUGCUCGUGUUUUAAACCAGCGCCUUUCACAGGCUGAAGAAUUUAAUUUGAUGAUCAGCCUAUUAACAGGUGUUGGCCGCUUCAAUGAGAUGACCUACAUAUUUGAUGCGCUGAAGCAACAUCAUCAGUUUGAGCUGCUGAUGAGGAAAGGAAUGGAAAAGGAAGAUCAGCUGAGGUCUGCAAUUUUAGAUUAUCUCAAACGUUUUCAUCCCAAUGACAGUGACAGUUACACCAUGGUGGCCCUAAAUUUUACAAUGUUUAGAGAGAUUGGACAAAUGCUUGAAGAGUUGGCCCAAAAGAAUUUGGAUAUAUUAAAAAGGAAACCACUAGUGAACUCUUCAGAAGUUGUAUUGUUGUUACAAAAGAUUCACCAAUAUUUUUCUGAUGCUGCAAAAAGCUAUAUGAAGGAUAAUAUCCUCCGCCAUGCUGAAUAUUGUGUCCGACAAGCUCGUUUGCUUCUUCUACAGAUGGAUCUCUUACCUGCUGGUAUUCAUGUCAUUAAUUUAACACCUGAAGAAGCUACCAAUUUCAUUAAAGAACAUCCUAAGUUCUCUGAGGCAUUGAUUGUUAGUGAGGCUUACAAUAGAAAUGCAGUUUGGAGUGAAGCACUUUGUAAUCGCAUCAUUAUUCAUGGAGACUUUCGCUACCUGCAAGAUUUGAAAGCCUAUAUUCGACUGAACCCUUCCCUCAUUAUUGAUACCAUUGACAGGUACAAACAGAUGACACAAAAACCUCCUCAGUGUUUAGAUAACAUAAAGAAACUUUUAACACACUGCAAAGACAUACGUCUUCAAUAUCAGCUUGGAAAGGAACUGGAACUGAAAGAUUUCAUCACUCAGCUUGAAGAUGGGUCUAAUUCUGCAUAUAUUCUAGACCUUGAAGCUUUAAGAGGAAGUAGCCAUUUCAGCUUUUGAAAAGUGAAAUGAAUAACAAGAGAGAUUGUAUUAAAUCAUUUGCUGCUGAGAAACUGUUUGUAAGGAAAUCAAAAUCAUUGUCAGAGUUACUUUGUGUAAACAUUUGCUGCUGAAGUAACAUACCUGAAAAACUAUAACUGAAUUAAAUGAAUGUUGAAUUUAAAAGAUUUAGAGCUUCAAUUUUUUAUAUUGUGACAUCCUUUUCAGUUUGUGUCAGUUUGACUCCAGUUUUCUUUCUUUGAAUUUAAUUGUGUUUUGUAACAGAUGUAACAUUAAAAAUACUCCCAGACUAUCCUUAUGUAAGUAGACUUUUAUGUAAUUGUUACUUUCUUAAAUGAUAACUAUAUCUGAUUUGAAUAUUUCAAAUCAAAGCCAUGUUUUGCUGCCUUAUGUUAUAGACUCACCAAAAAAGUUGGUCUUCUUAUCUUGGGUUAAGUGAUAUCAGAAAGUAUUUUUAACUUCUAAAUCUGUAUUCAGUAAGUCAUUUAUAGACCUGUCUGUAUUGGACGUCCUCCUAUUAUUUGCUUUUUUCUUUUAAAGUUACUGUAUUAGAUCAACUAGAAAUUUGCUAUAACUUGUUUAUGUGUGUACACACACACACACGCACACACACACACAUUGAUUGUUAAAGCUGUAUCUUUUAAUAUGAAAGUAAUCCUUUGGAUAAGUUAUGUCAGCCAAUUUAUAAAGUAUUGUCAAAAAGUGUCAAGUAUCUUUUUGGUUCAGAAUAUAUAAGAUACAUUCACUUUUAAACAUGGCAAUAUUUACCAUUAAACAUGGCAAUGUUUACAAGAACUGAAAUUCAUGCUUUGUUGCAGAGAUUAAAGAUUUAAACAUCUAUGAACUAUAAUUUUUUAUAAAAAAUUAAGAAUUAAGGGAUUCACAUCAAAUCAGGAAAUAAUAGAUAUGCAUGUUUUUUUUUGUUUGUUUGGUUUUUCUUUAUUUGAUGGAGCAAAGACAUAUAUAUUUUUGUUUUGCAAGAUUCCUGAUAUGAAAUCAUAUGUUCUAACAGAUAUUGUUUUAAUAGGGGAUGGUCCUUUUUUUUUUCAUUUUGCCAAUUAACCACACACACUGUAUACUUUAUUUCAGCUUUAUUAUUAUUAUUAUUCACAUUUAACUGUAAGAUAACUGAACUGAAAGUUGCUUGUUUUGAUAAACUAAAAUUCUACUUAAGUUAGAACUUAGUGUCAGGUUCAUAAAAUGAGUUUGCUAUACCUGGAAAAGAGAGCAUUAGUCAUUUUUUUCUUCUUUU